AUGAGAGCUUUUAUAGCAGUUCUAUUGCUAGGUGUUGCAUUUGCCGACCCAACAGUUUAUUUCAAGGAGCAGUUCGACGAUGAUGACUGGGAACAGAGAUGGGUCACCUCUAAACACAAGCCUGAUUUAGGCAAAUUUGUUUGGACAGCUGGCAAAUUUUAUGGAGAUGCGGAAAAAGAUAAAGGAAUUCAGACAUCUCAAGAUGCCAGGUUUUAUGCCUUGUCUGCCAGAUUUGACAAAUUCAGCAAUGAAGGCAAAACACUGGUCAUUCAGUACACAGUCAAGCACGAACAAAACAUCGACUGUGGCGGUGGCUAUGUGAAACUCUUCCCCAGCAGCCUUGACCAAUUGGACAUGCAUGGAGAUACACCAUAUAACAUUAUGUUUGGUCCAGACAUUUGCGGACCAGGAACCAAAAAGGUGCAUGUCAUCUUUAACUACAAGGGCAAGAAUUUGUUAAUCAAGAAGGACAUUCGUUGCAAGGAUGAUGUCUACACCCACUUGUACACACUGAUUGUACGGCCAGACAACACCUACGAAGUGAGGAUUGAUGGUGAGAAGGUUGAGAGCGGAGAUCUGGAGAAUGAUUGGGAUUUCUUGCCUCCACAAAAGAUUAAGGACCCCGAUGCCACAAAACCCGAUGAUUGGGAUGAGCGUGAAAAGAUUGAAGACCCCAGUGACACCAAACCAGAAGACUGGGACAAGCCUGAACACAUCCCUGACCCAGAUGCCAAGAAGCCCGAGGAUUGGGAUGAUGAAAUGGACGGAGAGUGGGAGCCACCCAUGAUUGACAAUCCUGAAUACAAGGGAGAGUGGAAGCCAAAACUCAUUGAUAAUCCAAACUACAAAGGCAAGUGGGUACACCCUGAAAUUGAUAACCCAGAAUAUGUGCAAGAUGAUAACCUGUACAGUUAUCCUGACUUUGGGGCUAUUGGCUUUGACUUGUGGCAG